AAGGACAUAAACAAAACAAACCCGAGGAAGCAUGGAGAGGGGCCGCGGCCCCUGCAGCGGAACCGGACCCAGCCCCUGAGCCACCCCCACACCCGCAGAUUCGCACAGAAUUAUUAAAAAAACAACAACAGUGAUCCAAGCAGUUGAAUUGAAGGCAUUCUGGGAAACCUGCUGUUUAUUGUGAAAAUCAUCUUUGAUCUUGAAAUUAAAAGUAAAGCUGGAAAGGAAUUUACAAACGAGAAAAAAAAGAAGUUUGGGAUCGGACUCACAGGAUCUGGGCUUGGAAAUGCCUCAGCCUAGUGUAAGCGGAAUGGAUCCGCCUUUUGGGGAUGCCUUUCGAAGCCACACCUUUUCAGAACAGACUCUGAUGAGCACAGAUCUCUUAGCAAACAGUUCAGAUCCAGAUUUCAUGUAUGAACUGGAUAGAGAGAUGAACUACCAGCAAAAUCCUAGAGACAACUUCCUUUCUUUGGAGGACUGCAAAGACAUUGAAAAUCUGGAGUCUUUCACAGAUGUCCUGGAUAACGAGGGUGCUUUAACCUCAAACUGGGAACAGUGGGAUACAUACUGUGAAGACUUAACGAAGUACACCAAACUAACCAGCUGUGACAUCUGGGGAACAAAAGAAGUGGAUUACUUGGGUCUUGAUGACUUUUCUAGCCCUUACCAAGAUGAAGAGGUCAUAAGUAAAACUCCAACUUUGGCCCAGCUUAAUAGUGAGGACUCUCAGUCUGUUUCUGAUUCCCUUUAUUACCCUGAUUCACUUUUCAGUGUCAAACAAAAUCCCUUGCCCUCAUCAUUCCCUGGUAAAAAGAUCGCAAGCAGAGCAGCUGCUCCUGUGUGUUCUUCUAAGACUCUUCAGGCUGAGGUCCCUUUGUCAGACUGUGUCCAAAAAGCAAGUAAACCCACUUCAAGCACACAAAUCAUGGUGAAGACCAACAUGUAUCAUAAUGAAAAAGUGAACUUUCAUGUUGAAUGUAAAGACUAUGUGAAAAAGGCAAAGGUAAAGAUCAACCCAGUGCAGCAGAGCCGGCCUCUAUUGAGCCAGGUUCAUGCAGAUUCAGCAAAGGAGAACACCUGCUACUGUGGAGCCGUAGCCAAAAGACCAGAGAAAAAAGGGACGGAGCCUCUGCAGGGCCAUGCCACUCCAGCUUUGCCUUUUAAAGAAACCCAGGAACUAUUACUCAGUCCCCUGCCCCAGGAGGGGCCUGUGUCAAUUGCAGCAGGAGAGAGUAGCAGCCUUUCUGCCAGCACAUCGGUCUCAGAUUCAUCCCAGAAAAAAGAAGAGCACAAUUAUUCCCUUUUUGUGUCCGACAACUUGGGUGAACAGCCAACCAAAUGCAGUCCUGAAGAAGACGAGGAGGACGAGGAAGAUGUUGACGAUGAGGACCAUGAUGAAGGAUUUGGCAGCGAGCACGAACUUUCUGAAAACGAGGAAGAGGAAGAAGAGGAAGAGGAUUAUGAAGAUGACAAGGAUGAUGACAUCAGUGACACUUUCUCUGAACCAGGCUAUGAAAAUGAUUCUGUGGAAGACUUGAAGGAGAUGACUUCAAUUACCUCUCGGAAGAGAGGUAAAAGAAGGUACUUCUGGGAGUAUAGUGAACAACUCACACCAUCACAGCAAGAGAGGAUGCUAAGGCCAUCUGAAUGGAACAGAGAUACCUUGCCAAGUAACAUGUAUCAGAAGAAUGGCUUACAUCAUGGCAAAUAUGCAGUAAAGAAGUCACGGAGAACGGAUGUGGAAGACCUGACUCCAAAUCCUAAAAAACUACUCCAGAUAGGCAAUGAACUACGGAAACUGAAUAAGGUGAUUAGUGAUCUGACUCCAGUCAGUGAGCUUCCCUUAACAGCCCGGCCAAGGUCAAGGAAGGAAAAAAAUAAGCUGGCUUCCAGGGCUUGUCGGUUAAAGAAAAAAGCGCAGUAUGAAGCUAAUAAAGUGAAAUUAUGGGGCCUCAACACAGAAUACGAUAAUUUAUUGUUUGUAAUCAACUCCAUCAAGCAAGAGAUUGUAAACCGAGUACAGAAUCCAAGAGAGGAGAGAGGACCCAACAUGGGACAGAAGCUUGAAAUCCUCAUUAAAGAUACUCUUGGUCUCCCAGUUGCUGGGCAAACCUCAGAAUUUGUUAACCAAGUGUUAGAGAAAACUGCGGAAGGCAAUCCCACUGGAGGCCUUGUAGGACUAAGGAUACCAACAUCAAAAGUGUAAUCAGCCUCAUUGGACCACUGGUCAGAAAUGUCUGUGUUUGUCACGUUGUUCAUUGUAAAUUUUCAUUCUGUUUUGCAUGUCAGUUUAGCAUUAUGUAAACAUUUACAAUUAGGUUACAUUGUUUUAAGAACUAAGUAGCAUAAGUGAAGCAUGAUCCAAAAUACUUGAUUAUUACAUUUUCAGAGCAUAAACCGUUGGUUAAAACUGCUACUGGCAUCAGAAUUGAAACUCAUACAUUUAAGUAGAUGUUUAGAUACAGAUUGCAAAAUCUGUUAAAUCAAAACAUUUUGAAAGAGUGAAGAUAAUAGUAAAUGCCAAAUAUUGUGGCAGGUUUAUGCUCUGAGCCACACAAAAAAAUUGAGGAAGCAUUUUUUUAAACAGUCAGUUUAGAUUGUUUUUAGAAUUAUUGCUUUUUGUUCUAAUUUUCCACAACCAUUAAUCUCACUUGUACAUGGCACAACCCAGCACUCAUGCCCAUGUGCCAUAUUAGAUGUUCAUUUUCCGAGCUCAAUAUGGUAUAUAUAAAUAUAUAUAUAAAUAUAUAUAUAUAAUGUCUGUGCAAGUAAGAAAAAAAAGCAUAUUCUUUGUGCCUUGUAUUUUGGGGAAACUAUAAAACUGGUAAUAUUUUGUAUGAUGAAAACCCUAAUGAGGAAAAACAAGAUAUAUAGAUGGAAAAAUUAUGGGGUUUAAAUGUUUUUUUGUUCCAACUCUUUUUCAAAUUUUUUGAAUGUAUAUAGGACUAUGUUGAAAUGUAGAUAUAUGCCACAGAGUCUGUGUAUUGUAUAAAAAACAAAACAAAAAAACAAACAAAAAAAAGAUGGCUCUAGAAAACUCAUAUUUCGGUACUUGACCGGAAGAAGACAAAUACUUGCACAUUAUUGCGAUUGUUUUAUUUUUUGUACCAAAGACAAAUGCAACUGAUAUGGCAUACUGCCAGUCUAAGUAAAGUUUUGCACAGCUUACAUGAUACUGUAUGAAUGUAUGAAAAAAAGGAGAAAAAAAAGAAAAACGAAAAGGUCAGGGUUAGGGAUCUUACUGAACUGUGAAUUUUAUUUCUGUUUGGGUCCAAUUAUCUACAGAAGGAGCAUCCACACAUACAGAUAUUAUUUUGCUGUUCCUCUAGUUCGCUUCCAUAGUAGAUAAGUUGGUGGCCAUUUAGGUGUCUAUAAGUCUUUUUAUUUCUGCACUUAUUGUAGGAAAUUUUAAUAUAUUUCAUUUUAGUAAGCUAUUGGUAAAAUAGUUUUUGACCUUGAAAAUUAAAAAGUUUAUUUAGCUUAUUGUAGAAUACUUCCACCAA